UCUUUUGUUUUAUUUGUCAACAACAUUAAGACACUAAGUCCUUCUCGAUCGACAAUUAUGAUUUGAUAUGUGAUUAUCCAAUAUUAUUCGGUCGAUAUGUGUAAACCUUGUACCUUUUUACGUCUACUGAAACAACCAGAGCAGUCUCUGGUUGUUGAAGCUACAAAGUUGCAUGUUUCUGGAGAAGAAAGUAAAUUGCAGGUGAACCUCACAGAAUUAUGGUAUAGUUUAUGUAAAGAGGACAAGUCUCUCACUUUUCAAGACUUUCGAAAUGUGGAUCCUUUGGUACCUAUCCAACCUUUAUUUUCUGUUUGGAAUGAAGUGUUAUGUGUUGUGGUUGGAGAUACUCGAGCGCUUCUAUAUUUGGACAGUUUAUUACUUUUUAAUAGUUCAUCUUGCCCAUUUUUGCUGUCGCACGUGGCACAACAUUUGCCUAAGAACAGAACGGUGGAAUGGGGACAUGAGAAACUUCAUCCUCGUAUUGCUCUUUUAGAAGGAUUGGUUAGUGGAAUAAUAUUGUUACUUGAAAAGGAACUGGCAGAAUUGGAACCUCAGCUUUUGCAUUCUCUGGAAGCCUUACAAACUGCGUAUGAUUAUGACCAGCUUGGUAUUUUACGAAAGUGUUCGAGAGACUUGGAAGUGUUGAUGAAGAAAUGUGAUAGUUUCUACAAUGAACUGGAGAAUGUGCUCCAAGAUAGCAAGUUGAGUUUUUGGAUAUUGGGUAAAGUGGAAGGGGAACUCAAUCCUAGUUUUGAUUCUGAAAAGUUGGAACAAGUGGAGGCUUUAUUAGAACCAUAUCUUCAGAAUAUUCGGAUGAUAGGUACUCGAUGUGCACAUCUUGACAAGGCUUCUGUCGAUGUUGAUCAAGCAAUGAUGCUGAACUUUGAUUUGGUUCGCAAUCGUUUCCUAGGUUUUGAUCUAUUGGGAACUCUGCUAUCUUGUGUCAUCACAUUUGUAUCUGUCUUUGUGGGAUAUUUUGGUUUCAAUUUGACUAUUCCUAUCUAUAGUGCUAGUAAGGGUAGUCAAUACUAUUGGUAUGGUAUUGUUUCUAUUUCUUGUGUGGUUAUUAUGAUUUCUUCGUUUGUUUUGGUUCGUUGGAUGAGAAAUAGUGGUUUAGGUAUCUAAUCAAUGAUAAACAAAGAAAAUUUUCUUGUAACCA